UUACCAGUACACUAUAUCUCGCCCAUAUGUUACGUCACCGUCAAGAUAACAGACAUUGUUUCAGCGGAACACGUGUUCUGCCCCUUUUCAAUUAAAAAAAACUCUUCUUUGAACUGAAUUUUGUGACAAACUUGUACUUGUUGCAUUGUGUUUUGGAGCAGGACCGAUGACAAUCAGCUGUUCAGUGUUUAUAUGUCACAUUCGUGUGUGUACGUGUGACAGUGAUGGCAGACGUCGAGAGAUGACGAUGACUCGACGAUAAUUAGAGAGAAUUAUUUAGUUAGAAAAUUAAACGAUGGAAAUGAAGUGUUUAAUCCUAAAGUUAAAUGAGGAAAUGAAUUAUUUAAUUAGAAGUUUGAAUGAUGAAGUUAAUUAUUUAAUUAGAAAUUUGAAUGAUGAAUGAAUUAUUUAAUUAGAAAAUUGAUUAGACGAAUUGUUAGUAAUUAGAGGAAUUUUAAUUGAUAUGGAGAGACCGAAAACUCCGGAUCAGGAAGAUUGCUGUGGGAAUGGCUGCAGCCCAUGCAUCUUCGAUGUACACAAGAAGCUAGUCAAAUGUUGGGAGAAUAGGGAGAAAGAGAGUUUCAGAGAAAAAAGGAAUAUUCUGGAGGCUCUGAGUUAUAAGACGUUUUAUGUUGACAAGAGGAUUGAUGUGAAUGACGAGUACUGUUUGAUAUGGUUAAAAUACAAAGCGUCUGAACCUGGAGAAGAAAUUUAUAUGAACGCUGGGCAGCACAUAAUGAUCAAUAUCGACUCGUGGACGAGGCCAUUCACCCCGCUAUCUGGGACAGCCACGAGUCUGCAGUUACUAGUGAGAAUUUACAAAAACAGUCCCUUCACGAAUAAAUUAAGAACGAUCGAAGAGGGAGAAAGAAUUCGAGUGCGAGGGCCUUACGGGGACUUCCACUACUCCAGGAACUCCUUCAGGAGGCUCAUAAUGUUCGGGAUUGGGAGUGGGAUCGCAGCACUCUACCCAAUCGUCAAAGCAAUCACUGAGGACGAGCUGGAGGACACGAGGGUUCACCUGAUCAUUGGGUUCAAAUCGAUUGAGUUAACUCCAUUGAAACGAGAACUGCAAUUGCUAACGGAUUAUUGGAACGUCGAUUGCACUCUUCAACUAGCUGAACUAGGUGAGGGGACGAAAGUCAAUGGAAUGAGGAUAACACGUGGGAGGAUAAACCUAGAGAUUGUGAGAGAUAUCCUGGGGGACGAGAAGCCCGAGGAAACGCUGGUUCUCGUUUGUGGGAAUAGAGUAUUUAAUAGUAUGUUGGAGAAAUGCUUAAGUGUUUCGAAUUUUAGUCAUUAUUAUAUUUUUGAAUAAAUUUGUUACAUCUGUUGGGAGUCAAUGGAAGUAUGUGAAUUAUUGUGACACAUAUUUCACGAAAGAUCUGAAUAUUUUUUCUUUAUAAACAAAAUAAGUUGAUUUU